AUGGGGCCAAAGAUCGAAUGUCAAACGAAACAAAACUGCAAAUCGUGGGGACUUGGUCAACUGCCCAAGACGUUGAAUUUGGAUACUAGGCAGAAUUCAAAGCCGGCCGUUGACGCCCUUCAUUGCAACUAUGAAUGA